AUGCUCCGAGAAGUAAAACCUAAGAACGCGCGCACCGCGCGCAUCCUCAAAGCCAAAGAGCCGCAACUUAUCGAGCCCCCGAAACGGACUCUUCUCCUUCACGGAUCGAAAUGCCCUCAACCGCUGCACACGGUGCUGAAGACCUUCCACUCACUGACUCGGCCCAAUUCGGUUCUAUUCCACAAGAAGAAUGCCAACAUCCACCCGUUCGAGAGCGUUGAGAGCCUGGAGUUUUUGGCCGACAAGAACGAGUGCGGCAUGGUCGUGUUCGGAAGCAGCAACAAGAAGCGCCCUAACUGCGUGACGCUGGCUCGGGUGUUCAACUCCAAGAUCCUGGAUAUGUGUGAGCUGUUGUUGUUGCCGAAUCAGGACCAGACGGCUGGGUUGGAGAGUCUGCAGAUUGGUAUUGGCAUGCGGCCGAUGCUGUUGUUCUCGGGCAGUGCUUGGGAUGAUGAGACGUCGACGGCGCAUGUUAUGCUGAAGAGCAUGUUUGUGGAUAUGUUCAAGGGAGAGACGAGUGAUAAGAUUGAUGUUGAGGGUCUGCAGUAUGUGUUGAUGAUUGGCGCGGAGGAGGCCACGGACGGGCUGGCGCCUGUUGUGCACCUUCGCUGGUACAAGUUGCGGACGAAGCGCAGUGGGCAUAAGUUGCCUCGUGUGGAGUUGGAUGAGAUUGGUCCUAAGUUUGACUUCAAGGUUGGACGUCUGCAAGAGGCGCCGAGGGAGGUCAUGAAGGAGGCCAUGAAGCAGGGUAAGCGGCCGAAUGAGGAGAUCAAGCUCAAGAAGAACAUUGGGUUGGAUUCGAUCGGUGAUAAGAUCGGUCGCGUGCAUCUGGGUAAGCAGGAUCUUAGCGGUCUGCAGACUCGUAAGAUGAAGGGUUUGAAGCGUCGUGCUGGUGUCGAGUCGGAUGAUGAGGAGGGUGAUGCCGAUAUGAUGGAUGUGGAUGAGAUUUCGGAGGAUGAGGGACGCAAGCGGACGAAGACGGCCUGA